AUGCGCGCUGCCCGGUGGCUCGGGCUGGGGCUGCUGCUCUGGCUCUGCCGCCCCGCCGAGCCCUGGUACAGGCUGCCGGCCGGACCCCCCCACUACUCGGUGGGCAGAGCCUCGGGGCUGCUCUCCGGGUUCCGCCGCCCGCCCCACGCCCGCCGCUCCGGCACCGACGGCACCGCGCUGCUGCCCGGUCAGCCCGACCGGCUCCUCGCCGCGGCACUGUGCGUGACGGAUGUGGCCCCCGAGCCGCGGAGCUGCCGGGUGCUGCCUGGAGCCCCCAGCGCUCUCCAAUGCAAGGCGGACGUGACCGUGUCCUUGGACCCCGGGGAGUGUGCGGAUGCCUGA